GAUUCGAGGCUGGUCUGCUGGAGCUAAGAUGAGCGACUUUGAGGAACCGCUCUCCGACGAGGAGAAGGUCCGCAUAGCAGCUAACUUUGUCACCCAUGCUCCACCUGGCGAGUUCAAUGAAGUCUUCAAUGAUGUGCGGCUUCUCCUCAACAAUGACAACCUCCUUAGGGAGGGGGCAGCUCAUGCCUUUGCCCAGUAUAACAUGGAUCAGUUCACUCCUGUAAAACUGGAUAAUUCGGAUGAGUCGGUUCUUAUCACGGAGCAUGGGGAUUUGGGUCAGGGACGCUUUUUUGACCCACGCAGCCGUAAGUCGUUCCGUUUUGAUCACCUACGCAAGGAAGCCAGUGACCCGCAGCCCUACCAGGGGGAGACUGCACUGCACUCUUGGAGAGACGCCUGUGAUGCUGCACUUAGUGCCUACGUCAAAGAGCAUUACCCCACUGGAGUGUGCACGGUAUAUGGGAAAACAGUGGAUGGUCAGAAGACCAUUAUUGCCUGUAUUGAGGGACACCAGUUUCAACCUAAAAACUUCUGGAAUGGGCGCUGUAGGUCAGAAUGGAAGUUCACCAUCAACCAAUCUUCCUCUCAGGUAGUGGGAGUGUUGAAAAUCCAGGUGCAUUAUUAUGAGGAUGGCAAUGUUCAGCUGGUCAGUCAUAAAGAGGUGGAGGAGUCCAUCAUAGUAACUGAUGAAGAGGCGACUGCAAAGGAAUUUGUAAAAAUAAUUGAAAAUGCCGAAAAUGAUUACCAGACGGCCAUCAGUGAGAACUACCAGACGAUGUCGGACACGACCUUCAAAGCUCUGCGCAGGCAGCUUCCCGUCACCCGCACCAAGAUCGACUGGAACAAGAUCCUCAGCUACAAGAUUGGCAAAGAGAUGCAGAAUGCCUAGAAUGUGCCUGGUUCCAGCUCUCUUUCUCUCUCGAUGCAGAACCGGUCAAAAAGAAAAUCCCACGCUGUUCGCUAACCUGAGGGAGACCCCCUCCCCCCGCCCCUGAAAAAAAUGCAAAUGAAAAUAAGAUAUGGAACUUUGUCAAUGUUACUGAGAGGAUGUGAUUCCAUUCAAUUUCUGGUUUAACAGACUCAGCUAUUGGAGGAAGGUCAGAGAGGAGCUUAGAGGGAGUCUGGAUCUAAAUUAUCGGUAAAUCGGCUGCCAUUCUUGCGUUAGUGUGAGUUCAUCUGACCCGUCUGUUUGAAAUUCUUUGAAGAGUGUAUUAUGUAGGGUUUUUUUUGUUGUUGUCAUCGUAAGCUGCAGUGGCUUGGAAUGCUUGGAAUACGGUUUAAUUGUCUUUAGUAUGAUGCAGCCAACUGCUGUCUGUCUCGAUCAGUAACUGCUGACUGCAGUCCAACGCUCAGAACAAACCUCCUUUCAGUCUCUUGGCUCGUCUCUGCUGUGUGUGUGUCUGUGUGUGUGAGGAGAGGAGGCAUGUUUCUGAAUAUUGGUCUUUGUCUUAAUUCAUGUUUUAGUACCGGCUUUCCUCAUAAGACGUUCUAACCAAAAUUAGUUCGCAAAAAAUCAAAAAUGGGUAAAAGGAUAGAGAAGUCCAUAGGUGAAAUGGACACAAUUAGGUUUUCAUAUUUAUACAUAUACAGAUGUUAUAUUUUACUAAACAGUACUAAAAACAUGCUAGCACUCCUUUGUUAUAGGCAUCCUGUGUGCUUUUGGGGUGUCCAGAAUCAAACAAGUCUUAUGAUGCAAACGGAGGAUCGGAGUUGUUCUAUGCACUCUGCUGUCCUGGAGCAGAAGGGGGCGUCGUCAGUGUUGCUGUUGCAUGUUCAUGUCAUGGUACUGUUCGGUGCUUCGCCACUGUUAAAUUCACCCUAAACACAGAAGCAUUGUCUCACUGUAUUAUAUCACUCACAUCACCUCUAUCUCUUUCUCUCUCUCUGUCCUGUAACACAGCUCUUAUGCUGAUUUUAGCAAAAGUAUAUGCUACAUACAGGUAAUAAAGAAUUGGCACCAA